AUGCGGCUCAAACGCGCAUCGCAAAUAAAGCCCUUGCUGAUGAUCUCAUUAUCCAGACCAACGAAGGCCGUGGUUAAUGCUCUCCAGUCGGAGAACAGAAAAAUCAACGCCCUGGUUCAACGACUCAAAGAUGCAACGACACCGGAAGAGCUUUGGCAGACCUUCCACUCGGGCGAGGACGAAGAUGGAGCCAAAAGUGUGCAGCCGCGAGGAGCCCGUACACCACCUACGUCUAGCUAUUCCCACAACGCCUCUCCAAAUGAGGAGAAGGUAAAUAACCGACCGGAAGAGACCGAGUUUGUUCAACUAGUUUCUGACCAGACGACAUUCGACGCCUCGUCCUACGUCUCCGUGGAUGAAUCAGGCAAUUUCAACAGCUUCGGACCCUCAUCAGCAUGGCAGAUGAUCACAGACACUCCGAAAACCAUUCAGUCAGCUGCAAAUUUCAACACCAAAAACACACUGGUUGCUAAUGCGGCCUUAACACGGCAGCUAGAGUAUCAAUUAGCCACGCUUGGCGAGCUUGACGGUGUACCUAUCGAUCUCGCAACCCAUCUCCUCGAUCUACACUGCAUUUUUGCUUGUGCCAGCAAGUUCUCCACAAGACCUGAGCUUCGAGAAAAGUUCGGCGAUUCUAAAACAGCCGGGUCUCAUUUCUUUCGUCAAUGCGACGAGCUGAUAAGCCAAGAGAACCUUCUCCUGCAGCCAAGCCUAUCCACUAUCGUCGGACUUUUACUUCUUGGGUCCACCCACGUCGCUCGAGGUGUAACCACAAAGGGCUGGCUUCUCACAGGUUAUGCCUUGCGCAUGGUAUAUGACCUCGGUCUCCACAUAGAUCGCAAAGGUGUCGAAAACGACGCCGUAGGUGAAGAAGCUCGGAAACGCAUUUUCUGGGGCGCUUUUAUCUGCGACAAGCUCCAGAGUCUGUACUUGGGCAGACCAUUUGCCAUCAAACUUCGCGAUGCACACGUUUCGCUCGAACUGAAUGAUAUCAUAGAGGAAAACGAACUGUGGACUCCAUACAAAGACCCGACAAUGGGCACAGCAGAAAAUGGAAGCGACUAUCAGCCACGGUUUCCAACAUACUCGGUGUCCUGCUUUCAGCAUCUUUGCCUUCUCUCGAAGAUCAUGACGCGCAUAAUCGACGAGUUCUAUGUUGUCGGCGCAACCGUGGCAAGUGCCCAAUCAAGUCUGCGCAGCAUUGAUGAUCUACUACGACAAUGGGAAGGAAACCUGCCCGAUGGUCUACGCAUAGACCCUGAAAAUCGAAAGAUGCGUAUCGCCAGCCAAGCACCGAACGUCCUCUGUCUUCAUGUCAUCUACAACGCCCUGAUCAUUCUUCUCCAUUGUCCUUUAGUGGCUGAUGGCCAUUUACGCUCUGCAUCACCGCCAGUUGUAUCUUGGAGGCGCUGCUCUGAAGCCGCAGAGAGAAUUACGCAGAUUGUGGCCUUGUACCGACAGCUGUAUACCCUUAGAGGAGCGCCAUAUCUGGUCAGCUACGGGUUGUACGUGGCGUGUACGAUCCAUGUUCGCAAUGCAGGAGCCAACACCCACACGGUUGCUAGUGAACAUGGAAAUAAGCUGGAGCGGAGUGUUCGCUGGCUUGAGGAGCUCGCAGUUCCCAAUCCUGCUGUAGAGAAGACUAUUUCCAUUAUCCGCAAGCUAAUGAGUGUGAGAGGUGUCAGCCUUACAGCAUGCACUAUCUCCUCCGGUGACACUGCGCACGAAGAGCAGUUUGACACAGAAGAGAGUUAUGGCAGUCAUUCUGAAUCGGUCAAUUCAGAUCUAGGUCCAUCAUUAUGGGAAGACAAAGGGUUUUUCAUUAACGCAUGGGACGAGUCUUUCUCGGACGAUGUUUUGUAUGGAUUUAUGGAGCAGCAAUCGUUCGACGGAUGA